AUGAACGGACCUUAUGCAAUCAUUUUUACAGGUGGUCAUUAUGAUGACCACCCUGAUGCUAGUCAGUUUUACCAAUCACUCAUUGAUUCAAGUUCAUUCUUUAUUUGUGCAGAUAGUGGUGCUGACCAUGCAUCCGAACUAAAAAGAACACCACUUUUUAUAGUUGGAGAUAUGGAUAGUGUUAGCCAAGAAACAAUAAAACAUUUUAAAAAUGUAAAGCAAAUUCAAUUUAGGUGUGAUAAAGACUAUACAGAUACAGAAAUUGCUAUUAGUAAAUGUAUUGAUGAGGGGUAUAAAAACAUUGUGUUAUGUGGCGCAAUAGGAACUAGAUUUGACCAUUCUUUAUCAAAUGUACUUUCACUAAUCCGUUUGAAAAAUGAAGGGGUUGAAGCAAAAAUAAUAAAUUAUUAUGAGGAAAUAUUUGUUGCCAAACCUUAUACUGAGAUAGAAGGAAAACAAGGUUGGACAAUUAGUUUUCUUCCAUUAACAUCGUCUGUAACAAAUGUAACAAUUUCUGGUUGUCAAUACUCAUUAUCUUCAUCUAAUUUACAGUUUGGCUAUUCGUUAACAGUGUCAAAUGUAAUAACUUCACCAAAAGCAGUUUUUACAUUUGAUGAAGGAGAGGUUAUUGUUGUAAUUACUCGACCAAAUGGAGUUGCUUAA